ACUUUUAUAAGCGUUUCAUAACCCAGAAAGCGGAAGUCAAGGUCGUUGCGACCUCUGGUGACCGGUGCGGAAGUAAAUUUUAGCAGACAAAAAUUAUAAAAUGUUGGCCUCAACUGUAAACAGAGUUUCAGCAUUUGCAAGGGUUGGCCUAUGUCACUUUCCAAGAUGUACAGGUGCUUUCGUUACAGUUUCACAUAGACAUUACUCAAAUGGAGUGGAGAAUGAUCUGAUUGUAAUAGGGUCUGGACCGGGUGGCUAUGUUGCUGCAAUCAAGGCUGCACAGCUUGGAAUGAAGACAGUAUGUAUAGAGAAAGACCCAACUCUCGGAGGAACCUGCUUAAAUGUUGGAUGCAUUCCCUCAAAGGCACUUCUCAACAACUCACACCUGUAUCAUCUUGCAGUGGGCAAGGAUCUCAAUAACAGAGGAAUAGAAUUUGAUGGUGUCCGUUUGAACCUAGAAAAGAUGAUGGCACAGAAAGAAAAGGCUGUGAAAGGUUUAACAGGCGGAAUAGCACAUUUAUUUAAACAGAAUAAGGUAACACAUGUAAAUGGGCAUGGCAAAAUCACAGGCCCUAAUGAAGUGACAGCCCUGAAAAAUGAUGGAAGCUCAGAAGUUAUAACAGCCAAAAAUAUUCUCAUUGCAACAGGAUCUGAAGUUACACCUUUCCCAGGAAUUGAUAUUGAUGAAGAAACCGUGGUAUCAUCAACAGGUGCCCUCUCACUGAAACAAGUACCAGAGAAAAUGAUUGUUAUUGGAGCUGGUGUUAUUGGGGUAGAAUUAGGGUCAGUAUGGCAAAGACUUGGUGCCAAAGUUACGUGUGUGGAAUUCCUUAGUCAUAUUGGUGGUUUAGGAAUAGAUAUGGAGGUUGCUAAAAACUUUCAAAGAAUUCUCAAAAAGCAAGGACUUGACUUUAAAUUAGAUACAAAAGUUGUGUCAGCAUCGAGAGAAGGAAGUAAUAUCAAAGUGGCAAUUGAAGGUGUUAAAAAUGGGAAAAAGGAGGAGAUUGAUUGUGACACGUUAUUAGUUUGCAUUGGUAGACGUCCCUACACAAAUAACCUAGGUUUAGAAACAGUUAAUAUUUCAACAGACAACAGAGGUAGAGUUCCUGUCAACUCCAGAUUCCAGACUUCAGUACCUAGUAUAUAUGCUAUUGGAGAUUGUAUAGACGGUCCUAUGUUGGCACAUAAAGCUGAAGAUGAAGGUAUAAUCUGUGUAGAGGGUAUGUGUGGUGGAGCUGUACAUAUAGACUAUAACUGUGUACCAUCUGUGAUUUAUACUCAUCCAGAGGUGGCCUGGGUCGGUAAAAAUGAGGAACAGCUUAAAGAGGAGGGAGUGGAAUACAAGGUUGGUAAAUUUCCAUUGGCUGCUAAUAGUCGAGCUAAGACUGUUGACGAUACCGACGGUUUUGUUAAAGUUCUCGGCGACAAGGCCACCGACAGAAUUCUAGGAGUACAUUUUAUUGGAUCUGUAGCUGGAGAGUUGAUCAAUGAAGCUGUGUUAGCCAUGGAGUAUGGAGCAUCAUGUGAGGAUGUUGCCAGAGUUUGUCAUGCCCAUCCUACCGUUUCCGAAGCAUUGAGAGAAGCCAACCUAGCUGCAUAUUCAGGGAAACCCAUCAACUUCUGAGCAGAGUGUUAUAUAGUGAUGGACUUGAGAAAUCUCAUCAGUUCUUUAUACAUCUUCAAACAUCUAAAUGUGAAAUGAUUGUUGAAACUGGUAGAUGAAUAUACCUGUGAAAUGUCACAGUCAAAAGUAGUGAAAAAAUAAAAGACUAUUGUUUUCUUUUGUGUUAAUAUCAGUUCCAAUUGACAUGCCUUUUCAGCAUACAGUACCUUUUAGAGAAUUUUGAUUAAGACAAUAGUUUUCAUUGACCACCAGAUAACUUUAUAGAUUAUUGUUAUUUCACUAUGGUUACAGUCAGUAAACAAUACAGUCCGGGUUUAAUUUUGUUUCUGAACGGGUUUGUUUUCUGUUGAACUAUCUGUACCAUGUCUUAGUGGCAGUAACAAAAAGAAAAUGUUACUCUGAAGGUCUCAUGUGUAAGGUAAUAUGGUUGUUUUUCUCAGAAUAUAUCAAAUUGUAUUGUUUGAAUUAUAGAAAAUGCAUUUACUUUUGGUUUAAAGAUGCAUGGCAUUCGGCAACUGGUUUUAGUUUUCAGAUCAUCCAGUCCAACAUAGUUUUAACUUUUGGUAAUCUGCAAGGAUAGCCAGGUUGUCCCUUAGAUUAAAGAAUAUAACAAGUUCAUAACAAAUAACAACUGUCUGUAGACUGUUUUCUGUAAUGUCCCUUUUUUCCGUUUUAUCUUUCGUGCACAAAAGCA